UGGAUCUUGACGCCGCGCACGACGUCGACGGCGACGUGCAAGCCAUCAUGGCCAGCGUCAACGGCCAUUUCUCUUCUGCUGGCGACAUGAAAUCUCACCUCCAGAGUCUUCUUGAUAGCAAGGAGCAACAGCUCCAGCAAGCCGCGACUUUUGGGCAGCGGGUUCUCGCCCAACGAAUGGAACUUGAGGAUCGUAUCCGGCAGCUACAAGAGGUCGAAGCCGACAAGACAGACGAUGAAGACGUUGAACCUGAGGCGGUACUGAAAUACCAGGAGCUUACUGAUAUGAUGAUGAGCUGGGAUACGGAGAAUGCAUUACUUUCAAGUGCAUUCAACAGUUCAAUGGAAUGCUCCUCUAUUGCCGUCUCCGACUUACCUCGAGACGAACCAGAACGUUCGCGUACUUCAACCAACACUUCCGCUGCACAAUCUCGGCGGGCCAAGAAUGCUGCACAUCGUGCCGACGACGUCGAGUUUGCUUUUGAAAUUGGCAGUGGUCUUCUCAAUGAAGUACGACGGCUUCAAAGUCUUCUCGGCGAGCGAGACAAGGCCAUUCAGGACAUGAAAGAGGAGAAGGAUGAUCUUGAUGGUACAUUGGAGUCACUUCGAACCGCUCUCAAGCAGCAAGAAGCAAAUGCCGACAAGUACAAAGAAGAGAACUGGAAUCUCGAAGUUAGCCUCCAGGACCUCCGUACCCAACAUGCCGAUACCCAAUCCACCGUUCAGCGCCUUGAUUCAGAACAAAAACGGCUCACGAAACUUCUCGCUGCCUCCCAUGACGCCUCCGAGCAGUACAAAAACGAAAAUGCCCAGCUUCAAAGUACUAUCGAGGACCUCACAGCAAAGCAUGAAACUGACGUGGCUUUGGCACGCAAGCAUGCCGCGGCUUUGGCGCGGGAUAAGAGCGAUUUGCAACAGGCCAUAGAUAGGCUCAAAGCAGAGAAGGAAAGGGCUGGCAGGAAGUUUGGUCGGUUCGGAAGUCCGGCGACCCCUAACACCACCGAGGGACGUCCAGACGAGGACUAUCUUACCCCCGCUGGGUAUGGUGAUGACGUUUUCAGCAGCGCUGCCUCGACAAACAGGAGAAACAAGGCAGACACUUCGUUACUGUUUGGCGAUGAAAUGGAUGGAGACCUCUCACCCGAUCAGAGCCCUAUGUCAAGAUCACCAUUCCUUGCUGCCAAUCAUCCGCUCAACGAGAUUGAGGUUCUGAAGCAACGUUUAGCGCAUGCACACCGGCAAAUUGCGACGUUGAAGGGUGGGUUAAUGCGGGAAAGAAUGGGCAAGGGUAGAGGGACUCCCGUGGAAGAUGAAGAUGAAGAGGACGGCUUUGAGGACGUCGAUGAUGAGGACGAAGAAAAUAUCAAGCCGCGCUCUUCGUCGACCAGAUUGAGGGGUAGAGGACGGGGACGUGGCCGUGGUCGUGUGCGAGGACGGGGUCCAACCUUGACAGAACGCCUUAUGGCUGCUGAUAGUCCAUCAUCGGUCAGUGAGUAUUACGAUGACGCGUCCCCGACGCGCCGUGCUUCUGUACCUCCCAUCCAUUUCCAAGGCGCGGACGAAGACGACAUGGAGGAUGUCACCGGAGAACCGGACGACGACGAAGAUAUCUUCAAGGCCGAUAUCGAGCCGUCAGCAGAGUCACCAUCGAGGCGUUCAAGUGUAGCAAGUGUAGACGGUAUGGAUCCUAUGUUCGCCAACGUCCUUCGGCGAACGCCGUCAACCAGUUCCAUACCUCCCAAUACUAGUCCUUUACAUCAAUCUCUUCUUCGUCGUUCGACAAGAGGCGGUACUGUCGGAAGAAGAUCCAGAGGCGGUGGUGCGUUCCCAGAAGGAAGACCUCCUUCGUUAGUUGGACAGCCGGAAGAUUUGACUUUUGCUCUCAGUGGUGUAUCUCCUCACGGCGAUAGCAUUGGUGAAUUGGUACAGGUUGAAACAGCCGAGUUUGGUUGUCAAACCGAGUUUGAGGAGGAACAGACACUGGAAGCCAUACCCGUAUCUGUGAAAGAGAGUGCGCAUAUGGGAAUUCAAUCUGAACCAGAAGCCCGCCCCGCAAUCAUCUCGACGUCUGAUAUGUCUACACAAACUGACGUCGAGGAACCUGCUUCCAAACCUGCUUUGCGCGAUGCAGGAAUGGGCACAGAUCCCGAGCCUUCUCCCUUGAUGGUGCAAGCAGAAUCCCAGACUCCUCGCGUCUCUACAAAGGAGAUCGAUGUCCAAGCCUCGCUGCCGCCUGCUGCCGAUUCACUAGUGCGGCGUACUACCAUCACGCAACGUGAUUCCCCUGCCAGUGGUUCUCGUUCCCGAUUGGCGUCCAAUGCAACCGUUACUGCCAGCAAGACUUCACCGCGUACUUUCAUUGGUUCUUCCUAUGGAGAGGAGUCAGACGCAGAUACAGAGACAGGUACCGAAACCGACAUGGAAGAUUAUCAAGAUGCUCGACAGAGUAUCAUGUUGGGAUCGACACCUUCACAAUCAAGAGAUGACUUCCACUCCAUUCGAAUGUCUUCCAUGCAUUCCGAGUCCAGAGAUGAUUUCCAUUCUGUGAUGACCAUGACCGACAAUGAAUAUGAAGACAAUGACGACGAUGAUACUGAUGCCGAAAGCAUCAAGGCAUCGAGAUUGGCUAGUACUUUGCCUUCUCCUAUCCCGGCAUUUGUUUCCCCGCCUGUCUCAUAUGAUUCCAAGUCUAUCGAGGCCAUUUUGAUCGGAGAACCCCCUGCACCACCACCGAAACCUGAACUCAAAGAGAUGUCCAUUCAAACCGACGAAUGGAAGCCACCUCUCCCUACACCAGCCGUUCCCGUAGCUCCUUUACUUUACCGAGUUGGAUCUACUUCCCAACAGUUCCAGUUCAUUCCCCCAACCUCUCCGCAAUUAGCGUCCAAUUCCAACGGACCAUCAACUAUACCUCCCGCCGUCCCCACUCCUACUUCUCAUAUAUUCAGAGAUGCCAGUGUUCGUCAUCAACGCACCUCAACGGAUUCCCGUAGACAGUCUAUUGAGUCUGCACUUUCGUCCAUCUUUGAUGAUGGUCCGACCCCGAAGGGGCAGGCAGCUACGCUGGCUGUUGUAGACAAGUCUCGUCCACCAAUGAUGGCACUGCCCCCACCUCCCCGAGCUCCCCCGCCCCUGGGAAGCAUGCCUCCUCCGAGUUUCAUACCCGAGCGAAGAAUACCCACUACCUCAACUGGAACGUAUGAUGUUCCUCCUCCACGUCCAUCAUCGCCCCCGCCUCUAGAACUCAUUCAACGUGCAAUUACCCCCACUUUCGGAUCUGUGCUUUCAAUCAGCAGGACUACUUAUGGUCCUCGAUCACAUGGAUCUAGCAUGCCACCUAUGCAACAAGGGCUGCGUCCUCUGCCAUCUACAAGUAGCUUCCGGUCUGCCGCGAAUGCUGCAGCCUUGUACGUCCCUCACGGCCGAACCGGAAGAGAAAUGUCGACGACGUCACUAGUAACCGACCGGUCGCCUCGAUCAUCGAUGUCCUCUGAUCAGAAUCCGUUCCGCAAUCCAACAACGCCCCAGAAUAGGGCGACGGAUCUUCCUGGACGUGGAGAAGGUCAUCCCACGGAUCCGGCGAUCAUCCAUUCUAUCACGCAAACAAUGAUCGGAGAGUUCUUGUACAAAUAUACGAGGAAGACCAUCGGGAAAGGGUACGGAGAGCGAAGACAUCGGAGGUUUUUCUGGGUACAUCCGUAUACGAAGACUUUGUACUGGAGUUCGGCGGACCCGGGAUCAUCAAAUGUAUCAGAGUCCAGUGCAAAGAGUGCCUAUAUCGAGGGGGUGCGAUCCGUCCUAGAUCCUAACCCGAUGCCUCCAGGCUUGUAUCAGUAUAGUGUCGUGGUGUCUACCCCUCAGAGAGAAAUGAAGAUUACGGCGCCGACCAAGGAGCGGCAUGACAUAUGGCUUAAUGCUUUGAAAUAUCUACUGUCAAGACCAAACGCCAUCAAUGUCAACUCUCCGGGGAAUGCCACUACAGUUCCUGACAGUCCGAUGUCUCUUGGUGACUUUGCUGAUGACGACCGACGCCCUAUCAUGUCGAGCCCACAAAGUCAGAGAAGUGGACGGAGCACGCGGCGCGCAGUAGACAUGUUCAACACGACACCAAGAGGCAAACGGAGCAGAUCGCAACUUUCUGUUGGUGGUUCCAUUGGCAAGCGGUCCGGAACACCGGCUGCAGAGUACCUACGGUGGAGCGGUCCGGAGAGUCCUUACAGCCCGACGAAAUCCUUCGUGGACGUGCAUGGAGAUGACGAGGACCUCGAUUUUGAGCUGCAUGGCGAGUCUGACGACGAGAAUGGUUUUGAAGGGUUGGAGAAUGUGCGUGCUUGUUGUGAUGGAAGACAUACCGUAGGCCAUUCUGGGCGACAUCAUAACCACCACCAUCAUAACGGGAGCGGACUUGAUCCUAAUGCCGCUGGUCCUUCAGAACAGGCUCGGCCCGUAUCACCGUCUGCGUGGUCGUUCCGAUCGAGCACAAAUUCUCACGAAAGUGGAAGCGCAACCCUGUUUUCAUGGGGUCGGAGUGACGGCAAGCUUCGAUUUGGGUCGCGACGCUCUGCGAAAACGUCAGUCACGUAGUGAUCUAUCAUUCUGCAUUCUCUGCAUCGGAUUGGAACAGUUGAUUUAGUACAUGGCAAUUUCAUUUUUUUCCCCUUGUUUCAUACUACACAUACGUUGCUCUGCCUAUGCUCCUUGAUAAUCCUGUUGCCAUAUUAUGACUAUACCAUUAUCGCUCCUUUUUUUUUCCAAGUUUUCUU